UUUGCGCUGUGGAAAAAACAUUCUUCGAUGCCGAAGUUGGCACUGAGUCAGAGGCGUUGCAUGAUUGCCGAUCAGUUCUGGUCUGAACGCCGAUUUAGCCAAAUAUACCACACAUCACUCGUGCUCAUUCCUCCACCGACCAUGUCUGGACGUCGUUGUAUCCAAGCUUUAUUCCUAGUUGCCCUCCUCGGACUGACGCUUGUGCCGUUUAGCCAGGCACGCCCAGGACGUGGACGUAAACGAGCUUUUGGUGUGGGCAUGUUGGGUGGCGUCCUGGCCGGUGGACUGAUUGGCCAUGCGGUGGCCAAACACCAAUCGCCAGCAGCAGCUGCCCCAGCCCCAGCUCCUGUGGCCCAGGUCCAUCAUUACUAUCCAGCGGGAGCACCAGCAGCUCGUGUCCAAAUCGUCGUGCAGACCACACCUGAUCCCAGAAAGUUGACGGUGAUUGAAACUGGUCAACGCGAUGCGAAUGGCUGCUACAAGCAGACCGUCAGGGAGCCCAAUCCCGCCAACCCGAAAACCUACACAGAAACGGAGCAUCUGAUCUGCCCCACACUGACACAAGCCCAUCAACCUGCUCCGGCCAUUGCCAUGCCGCCGAGUGCGGCAUUUGUUCCGGUGAUGCCACAACCUUCAGCAGUACUUCCUGUUCCAGUGGCUGCUCCUGCGCCAGUGGGCUGGGUUGCUCCGGUCGCCACCAAUUCCUCGUCGGUUGCCCAUCAUCCAGUAAUUCCUGCUCUUCCAGCACACCUCAGCCAAAAUGCUGCUGCAGCUGUGCCAGCCCCUGCCGCUGCGAUUGUCCAUCCACCCACCCAUCACGUGGCGCAGCCUAAUGCCCCCGCCGCCGCACCCGCACCCGCACCAGCACCUAGCCAAACGCCACAUGUGAUUGUGCUGUCAAAGAAAACAGUCUACUAUCCGAAAAAGAAAUCAUCGGCCCCAUCGCUGAUGAUUCCCCAGGGAAUUCUUGCCAUUCUCGCGAUUUUCUAUAGCUCUAAGGUGUUUUGGCAUUAAACUGUUGCUACCCCUUAACAUA